AAUUAAGCAGACAUUGAGGUGUAUCGUCACGGGUGCUUCUCGGCACUCCUCUACUCCGCCAACCUCGUACCAUCAGCACCCUUUGAACUAUCAAGUUCUGAGACAUGUUAAUCGGCUUGUGUGGAGGUAUAUGUUCUGGAAAACAUGCUGUUGCCGAGUACCUCAUCCAGGAGGAAGGCUUCCAACUCCUAGAACUGAAACAUAAGGAGAUUGCUGGAACAUUGCACGAGUCUGAAGAUGAUUAUCGAUUUCAGCCCUCGGGCUGUGCGCAGAAGGAAAGUAGCUCUUCGUCAAGAAUAGAAUUUGAGAAUGCGGAAGCUCUCUUAGAUUUUGUAACCAAAAGGUGGCAGGGGCUUUGGGUCACGACAGAAAUAUGGGAGUCCGCUGUUCUUGAUCGUUUUCUCCAGCGUCCCUUUUUUCUUUUAGUGAGCAUCGAUGCACCAGUGAGUCUUCGAUGGAAACGAUUUGUCGAUAGACGUCGAAAGAUGCAGCUCAACCCCCCAACCCUUGAAAAAUUCGUUCUCUGGAGUGAUCAACACCUCUACGACAAAAGCAUUGGGCGUGUUUAUCUCACCGACCGGGCCCAGGUUCGAUUGUUCAACCCCUCUUCAUCGCUACAGGAAUUGCACAAAGCUCUCAAAGCUAUCAACCUAGCUGAUGAGGAACGGUUACGUCCGCACUGGGACCACUAUUUCAUGGAACUAGCAUCUCUCGCAGCACAGCGCAGUAACUGCAUGAAGAGAAGGGUUGGGUGUGUACUUGUUCGAGAGCGUCGCGUUAUAAGUACAGGAUACAAUGGCACUCCACGGCACCUGACUAAUUGCAAUGAAGGUGGAUGCCCAAGGUGUAACAGUGGGGAAGGGGGAGGUCGAGGCUUGUCCACAUGUCUUUGCUUGCACGCGGAAGAAAAUGCGCUGCUUGAAGCUGGGAGAGAGCGUAUUAGGGAAGGCACCAUACUGUAUUGUGAUACAUGCCCUUGCUUGACCUGCACAGUCAAGAUUGCCCAAGUAGGCAUUUCUGAGGUUGUAUACUCGCAGGGGUAUAACAUGGACAAUGAUAGCGCGGCAAUCCUUAAAGAUGCCGGUGUACGGCUUAGGCAGUUUUCUCCGCCUCGCAAUGGCCUGAUCUACCUUGAGGGUUCCGAUAGUAGUGCAUGAAUUACCGAUGAAGGAGAACCAGUGCUGCGCGGUCACCGGUGUGCUUCUACAAAACCAGAAACCAGUCACAAUGACUUCUUGUUAUUUCCAUUCCAAUUCCAAAAGCUUAGUGAUGUCAUACUUUCUUGCAUAGCAACC